AUGGAGCGGCCCCGGGGAGCUGCGGACGGCCUCUGGCGCCAGCCCCACGGUCUCGGCCUCCUCCUUCUGCUGCAGCUGCUGCAGCCGGCGACCCUCGGCCAGGACCGGCUAGACUCGCCCCCGCCGCCCGCGGCAGCGCCGCUGCACUGGCCGGGCCCCGUCGGUGUGAGCUGGGGUCUGCGCGCUGCCGCGGCCCCGAUGCCCCGCGGCGGCCGUUGGCGGCGCAGCGCGCUCAGUGAGGAUGCGGACUGCGGCCAGGUCCAGGAUUUCGUGGCCAAGCUGGCCAACAACACGCACCAGCAUGUGUUCGAUGAUCUCAGUGGCUCAGUAUCUUUGUCCUGGGUUGGAGAUCGCACUGGGGUUAUUCUAGUCUUGACUACCUUCCAUGUACCACUGGUAAUUAUGACCUUUGGACAGUCCAAGUUAUAUCGGAGUGAAGAUUAUGGAAAAAACUUUAAGGAUAUUACAAAUCUCAUCAAUAACACCUUCAUUCGUACUGAAUUUGGCAUGGCGAUUGGUCCUGAGAAUUCUGGAAAGGUGAUACUAACAGCAGAGGUAUCUGGAGGAAGUCAUGGAGGAAGAAUCUUCAGGUCAUCAGAUUUUGCAAAGAACUUCGUGCAAACAGAUCUCCCUUUUCAUCCUCUGACUCAGAUGAUGUAUAGCCCUCAUAAUUCUGAUUACCUUUUAGCCCUCAGCACUGAAAAUGGCCUGUGGGUCUCCAAGAAUUUUGGGGGAAAAUGGAAAGAAAUCCACAAAGCAGUAUGUUUGGCCAAAUGGGGAUCAGGAAAUAUCAUCUUCUUUACCACCUAUGUGAAUGGAUCCUGCAAAGCUGACCUUGGAGCACUGGAAUUAUGGAGAACUUCAGACUUAGGGAAAACCUUCAAAACCAUUGGCAUGAAAAUCUACUCAUUUGGUCUGGGAGGACGUUUCCUUUUUGCCUCUGUGAUGGCUGAUAAGGAUACAACAAGAAGGAUCCAUGUGUCAACAGAUCAAGGGGACACGUGGAGCAUGGCCCAACUUCCUUCUGUGGGACAGGAACAAUUCUAUUCUAUUCUGGCAGCUAAUGAUGACAUGGUAUUCAUGCAUGUAGAUGAACCUGGAGAUACCGGAUUUGGCACAAUCUUUACCUCUGAUGAUCGAGGCAUUGUGUAUUCCAAGUCUUUGGAUCGACAUCUCUAUACUACCACAGGUGGAGAAACGGACUUUACUAAUGUAACAUCCCUCCGCGGGGUCUACAUAACAAGCAUGCUCUCAGAAGAUAAUUCUAUCCAGACAAUGAUCACUUUUGACCAAGGAGGAAGGUGGAAGCACCUGCGCAAGCCUGAAAACAGCGAGUGUGAUGCUACUGCGAAAAACAAGAAUGAGUGCAGCCUUCAUAUUCAUGCUUCCUACAGCAUCUCCCAGAAACUAAAUGUUCCGAUGGCACCACUCACCGAGCCUAAUGCUGUGGGCAUAGUCAUUGCUCAUGGUAGUGUGGGGGAUGCUAUCUCAGUGAUGGUCCCAGAUGUGUACAUCUCAGAUGAUGGGGGUUACUCCUGGAUGAAGAUGCUAGAAGGACCCCACUAUUACACCAUCCUGGAUUCCGGAGGCAUCAUUGUGGCCAUUGAGCACAGCAACCAUCCUAUCAAUGUGAUUAAGUUCUCCACAGACGAAGGUCAAUGUUGGCAAACCUACAUGUUCACCAGGGAGCCCAUCUAUUUCACUGGCCUAGCUUCAGAGCCUGGAGCCAGAUCCAUGAAUAUCAGCAUUUGGGGGUUUACAGAAUCUUUCCUGACCCGCCAAUGGGUGUCCUACACCAUUGAUUUUAAAGAUAUCCUUGAAAGGAAUUGUGAAGAGAAGGACUAUACCAUAUGGCUGGCACACUCCACAGACCCUGGAGAUUAUGAAGAUGGCUGCAUUCUGGGAUACAGGGAACAGUACCUACGGCUACGGAAGUCAUCUGUCUGUCAAAAUGGUCGAGACUAUGUUGUGACCAAACAGCCAUCCAUCUGUCCCUGUUCCCUGGAGGACUUUCUCUGUGAUUUUGGCUACUUCCGUCCAGAAAAUGAUUCAAAGUGUGUGGAACAGCCAGAACUGAAAGGGCACGACCUAGAGUUUUGUCUGUAUGGACGAGAAGAACACCUGACGACAAAUGGGUACCGGAAAAUUCCAGGAGACAGAUGCCAAGGUGGGGUGAAUCCAGCUCGAGAAGUAAAAGACUUGAAAAAGAAAUGCACAAGCAACUUUUUGAGUCCCAAAAAGCAGGACUCCCGCCCACAGGGACACAGCUUGUCCCAGAAUCCAGCUCCGCCUCCUCUUGGACACAUUGAAAACACACACUUCCUAUCUCCCACCCAGAAGCAGAAUUCCAAGUCAAACUCUGUUCCAAUUAUCCUGGCCAUCGUGGGAUUGAUGCUGGUCACAGUUGUAGCAGGAGUGCUCCUUGUGAAGAAAUAUGUCUGUGGUGGAAGGUUCCUGGUGCAUCGAUACUCUGUGCUACAGCAGCACGCAGAGGCUGAUGGUGUGGACGCUCUGGACACAGCCUCCCAUGCUAAUAAGAGUGGUUAUCAUGAUGACUCAGAUGAGGACCUCCUGGAAUAGCUCUUCCAAGGAGCUGGGACCAGGCACAGAGAGUGGAACCGUCGUACCUCUUACACUCCCUGUGACUCCAAUUUGGGGAAGUAAAUUUCCCAUUUCAAGGGACCCAGCUCUGUUUCUGCUGCUUCCAUCAAAGCCAAAAGGACCUACACUAAAGAACUUCAGGGUGGGAUGGGAAACCCUCCACACUCUUAAAAUUGGCUCUGAACAAGGGGAAAUUUUAAAUUCUUUUUGUUUCAAGUUCUGUUUUUUUUUUUUUUUUUUUUUUUUUUUUUAAGUAUAGGCUUUGGGUCUGUUUGGAUUUUGAUUUCUUUGGGGUUUUUGUUUUGUUUUUGUUUUUGUUUUUGUUUUAAAGGAAAUGAAAUGGAAUUCAAAGGGUUUGUUUCACUAACCUCACUCUUGCCUAUUCUGGCGCCCGCCUCAGAGCAUCUACUGACUCCAGCAUCAGCUCACAGUGUAUGCAGUGCUGUCCUUGGGCUCUGCCUGUCAUGUGAAGCAGCCUCGGAGAGGAAAACAGAGGCUGCAGUGACUGGUAUAGCCUGGCCAGCUUUUCUUCAUCUGGGGACAGCUCUACUCCAGGAACAUUUUUUAUCAGCUCCUCACACAGAUUCUGAUGCUGCUUUUAUUUUUCCCCUAAGGAACAAAAACACAUUGAUUUUUCUUUUCCUCUGUUUAGGCAAUACACUUGUUAAUUGCCUUUUGGCAACUAACUUAACCAUGUGCUUCCACGGUACUAAAUCAGGAAAACUUCAGGGCAAUAUUUUUAACUUGGGAUAGGAAUAAGGGAGCAACAGAGAAUUGACUAGAUUUAGUACCUAUUAAAGGCGGAACGGGCUGCUUCCGAGACGGUUAGAGCUUUGUGUGUGUGCCAGUAGCUUUGCUCAAGGACAGUAUACAGGCUGGGCCUGGAAGUCUGCCCGGCUUAGCCAUCUCUACCGGCCAGCGUUGAUCGGUGAGCACACAGUGCAGCCCUGGGGACUGACUUCCGCAGUCUUCCAUUUUCCCUUCGCACCUGUAGUGUCCGCUCACGAUUGAACCAUUAUAAUGGCUGCUUACGUGCUUCCUCCUGGGUUGCUGUUGUACAUGGAGCCAGGACUAGAGAUGUUUUCAGACUCAUAGGUUUUUUAAAAUCAGCCUUUUAUUACUAAGCACUUGUUCUCACCUCUUCUCUGCUUUGCCAAGUCAUUUACUGGCAUGAAACUUUUGGCUGAACCAAAUGAAAACACACUUCUCGUCUUGAUUCUUUGUUAAUAUAUUAUGCUCAUAUUUUAAAUUUAAGGGAGUUUUCCAUUUGACAUUUUUCCAAAUUAAAUGAAUUACAGAAUGUGGUUGGGUGGGUUUUUGGUGGCCAUAUAGUAAUGGAAAGCUGCAAUAAUUAGUUUUAAUACAUGCUUGAAUAUUUGCUACACAGGAAUAUAGUAUGGUCGGUCUUUGGUUUCCCUUACCUACUGUGUUGGUCACAGUUUCUCCCAGUAAUUGGGAGAUGCUUUGAUAGGUGCCAUUUUGCUGCUGGUUCACUGUGUGGAUAAAAAGUCAGUAAAAAGUAAAUGUGCCAAAAUAACUUGUCAGAAGGUGUUAGCAGAUGGCUAAAUUCUCUCCUCCCCCAAACGGAUGAGCAGCAGCAGGGACGGGGAGGAAGUGAAUGGAGAAUUUGAGAAACUUCAAAACUGCAGUAAAAUUAAAAAGUCAGGGAACUUCUGUCUGAAAAUGAAGUUAGGGCAGUUUUUGUGAAGAGAAUAUUUGUGAGGGCUAGCGUAUACUAGCUUUAAGCUCAAUUCAUUUUACAUGGUUUUAAAUUUUUAAAUCCAAAGAUACUAUGCCAGCUCACAAAUGGUGUCAGCCUCUGUCCCGCUCUUACCUCCUGCCCAAAGUGAAUUUGAUGCCCAGAAAAGACUUAUUUACAUCACAUACCUUUUCUCCCAGCAUGUAACCAGAUGGAUGUGGAUUAGAUGGCCAAUAUCCAGGAACCCUUUUAUUAGUUUUAAGAUAUAGGAGGGUUAAUGUUGUUCUCUGAACGUAGAAGGGAGCUCUUCACUUACAUAUUAUGUAGAGUCGACAGUUUCCUCAGCACUUUUACUCGUACUGUGUCAUUUGAGCCCCAGUGUUCCCACGAUGGAAUCGAGGAACCAAGCUUCGAUCAGUCGUCCAGGUUCCUGAGCGUGCUGUGGGCAGCACUGGGUAGUUGUCUUCAGAGCUCUGGGAGUUGUUAUGCAAGUCAGUGCUGAACACCUGGAGCAGAGCUUCUCUCUCAGAGGUAACUCACUGUUCACAGAGGUCAGUGGCACUGCUUUCAGAGUAUUAUUUAGCACCUUUUCGUUUUCUUUUUGAAAACAAGAUUUAUUUUCCUGUUUUUCAUGGUGGAAAACAAAGUUAAUGGUAGUUUUGAAUGUGUCUUCAGGGACAGGCCCUCCCUUUGUGGCAGGUCUCUGUUGAGGAACACAGGUGUGAGUGUCCCAGGAUGGAUCCCCUUCUCCAUGCUUUUGCUCCCAUCUUGGGCUGGUGGCUCUGUUGCAUUAGGACUGCCUAUUAGCCUGGCUCAUUCCCUUUAUUGGCUCAUUAGCUUUCUGUAGUAAUCUCACAAAAGUGUGCCCUCUGCUAGAGACUAAAGCAACCUAAAUCCUUUACAGCUUCUAAAAUAAAAAGACUUAUGGUUUGUCCUAAGAUUGGGAGGAUCACCCUUGACAUUAAAACCUAGCAUAUCCUAUAUAAACUCCCAGGCUUGAUAGCUGCAAAAGAGAUUUCUGGAGGUUUAAGCAAUGAAAAUUAGCAUUGUUAGGUAGGAUGGACAUAAUCAAACAGUCCAAAGUGGUCUGAGCUCUUAAAUCCAGAAUCCUUCCUAUUGAAGAUCUAGUGGACUUUAUUUUUCUUGAGACCAGGGAACAGCAUGGAAAGUGCCUAAGCUGUGAAUUGAAUGGCAGCACUACUUCAAAAACUAGAAGUCUUGGAGAGUUGUGGUAGCUGUGGGGCCUGGACAUAUAAGAGCAUCUGUAUACCUGAACCUGGGAAUUGACAUUCACCUCUGGAUAGGAUAAACUUCCCUCUUAACUCUUAGGUUUGUCUUGGUUCUUGGCAUGCAUAAGCUGGCCUUUCAUCCUUGACACAUUAGUAAUGUGCUGGCCGCCUCCAGCUCCUGCCCUAGGCAUAUAAACUAUAACUGGACAUCCUCUAGCCUUCAUCAUAAUACUAGAAUACAGAGAGAGGCACAGAGUCAGCUAUACCAGGCCCAGGGUGUCAGGGCUGGCCUGGCUUUCUAGGUAAAGAGCCUUUUUAGGAGAGCUCUAAAGAACCCUACCCCUGUACACAGUACCUAAGGGCUCAUCUGCUCAUUGUCAGCACAGCUCUCUCAUCCCCAUGUUAAGCUAAGAAGCUUAGAACUGCUAAAAUAGGAAGAGAUGCACCUUUGCAACUUUCUGCCACCUUUCCAACAGGGAAAUUAACAUGAACUUAAAUGUCCUUUAAACAAAACCAAAGUUUAAGAUUUCCCAUGUGAAGUAGUGAAUGGGAGGGCCAAAGACAUCAGUUGCCGGACUUCUAUUCCAUCUGAUACUGAUUUAUCCACUGCAGGCAACUCUAGAAGCACUGUCCUGCCCUAGCAGAGUCCAGCCCUACCCUUAGGAAGGAUAAUUGGAAUAGCAGGAGCAUGUUGAGUUCUUAGUUAGGUUGAUAACAGUAAGAAUUAGAACAUUAAUUUGAAAUUAUCUUCAACAACUUGCUUAUGAGUUUUUUCACACCAGUACAUCCUUAAGCAUUCUUGUUUAUAUGGAAUAACAAACUAAUCUGUACCUUUAUAUAUAUAUAUAUAUAGAUAUGUACAUAUAUACAUAUAUAUACUGUAUAGUGUACAUGUUAAUGAUUUAUUGAUAUCCCUAAAUCUUUAAUGCAGUUUUCAUCCUCCGCAUGCCUUCAGUUGUGGCUGGGUGACUUUAUGUCCCCUGGUGGUUCUGCCCACCUCUUGUGUUUGAACCUCUGGGGAGGAGGGUUUGGAUUGUACUCUCUUAUCCUCGUGCACAGAAAUGCUCAGGGUCCCCAUGUGCCUGUUGUUUAUUUCUCUCGUCUCUUUCCCUUUCUGAGCAUGUGGUCCCUUCCAAAUCAUGAGACAACUGCCUUCCUAUGAAAGUGUUAAGCAGUAUUAAGAUCAUUACUGCAUGUGUGCUGAAAACCCAAGUUUUCUGUUCCCUUGGGACAGAAAAUUGCAUGUAAGGUGAGAUAAUCAAGUUUCAGUGACCCAUGUCAAUUACACAAUAAAGCCAGACCCCACAAUGAAAUCCCACAAAUGGAAAUAAACUCAAAUUUCUUUAGCAUUGUGUAAAUAAAUCUGGAUGUGUUUAACUUUGUACUGGUAAUUUUCUGUAUAUUUGCAAUAUUUGGGUUAGAAAUAAAACAGACUGGACUUUGUUACUUGA